AGUGUUUCAAUAUAAGGCCGGAGCGUCACCAACGCGCUGGCGUCCUGCUCUUGACGCAAUAGAAAUCUGAAGAUAACAGACUCAAGGAAGAAAUCUAGGAGCUUUAUUAUCUCCAGAGAGGAGUCUACAGGAGUCAGACAGCGGAGGAGAACUGCCAAAAAAUCCGGGAUACACAAGAAGCAGGGGCAGCCAGCCGGGUGAUCUGAGUGUUUCCAGCCUUUGAUGCGACCCGAUUGUACCUGGAGCAUGUCCACAGUGGGCCUGACUGCCCAGGAGAUCUCUUUUCCCAUAGAAAACCCCUUCCUGAGGGGCAGCUACUGUCACAGCAUGGCUGGAUCCAAAUCGUCUUGGAGCUGUCCCCAUGAGCUGGACAACUUCUAUUUCAGUAUGGAUACUGCACACACAAAUCACAGCCCUCGUGCCCACCAAAAGGGGAUAUCUCAGUCCACUCCAAGUCAUGAAAGACAUAAACACAGUCCCACGUCACAGAGAUUACCCCCAAAGAAGUCCCGGCCCUCCCAUCUCUCCCUGUCCUGCAGUGCUGAACCAUCCACCCCAAGUCCAGUUGAUGAAGACCAGGUGGUCCCUUCCUUCCAGAGGCUCUCGGUGUACGAGUGCAGCAGUCCACCACAGACGCCAGGCCGAUGCUCCAAGCCUCUGCCCCCCAUCCCUCCUCACACAGACAUCUCCCCCGAUCAGGCUAUUGACAAUGAGGUAGAAUUUUUCACGAGUUCAGACGACAGCUGCUGCCUGGUGUCAGAGCAGUGUCACAAAUCAUCUCCUUUUCGAUACGGGAUUCCCAUUCAAAGGAGCUUCAGGGACUGUGGGCAGAUCAACUAUGCUUACUAUGAUGGUCCAUUAGGGCCACAGAGCCCUAGGGAAUCCAAAAAAAAGCACCAGGUGCAUCCACCACCGGAAGUGAGAGAACAGUAUGAGCAGCGACGGGAACCACCUGAGCCAGUGGUCUGUCAGAGACAGCAGGAAAAAGCUCAGAGGAGGCUGCGGCGAUCACACUCGGGCCCAGCUGGAUCCUUUAACAAGCCUUCGCUGCUGCGUCCCUCGUGCCACAAACGACACACCUACAGUACGGAUAAACCUGAAGUACCUCCCCCUAUCCCUCCGAGAGCAAUCAAGACAAGAGACAACCGCCGCUGGUCAGCAGAGGUCUCGUCUGGGGCGUACAGUGAUGAUGACAAACCACCCAAGGUGCCCCCAAGGGAACCUUUUUCCAGAGGCUGCUCCCGCACCCCCAGCCCUAAGAGCCUCCCAACAUACAUAAACGGCGUGAUGCCCCCAACCCAAAGCUUUGCACCUGAUCCUAAAUACGUAAGCUUUCGGGGUUUACAGAGACAGAACAGCGAAGGAUCUCCCUGCAUCCUUCCAGUGAUGGAAAAUGGCAAGAAAGCCAGCACCACACAUUACUAUCUGCUGCCUCAGCGGCCUGCUUUUGUGGACUCGCCUUGUGUAGAGAAAUUUUUUCGGGUCAUGGACAGCCCUGCAGCCCGCAAUACUCAUGUAUCAGACUCAAACUGUGACUGCCACACCAGAAGGAAAGCACAUGUGGAUUUGGUUUAAAAAAAAGUUGAAGUUGAAGUUGAAGUGGAAGUAGCAGAGGACUCUUCUGUACAUGAGCACAAACCACUUGAAAAACUGGACGCUUACAACCCUCAAGCUGCUGCUUUUCCUUUUUUUUUUCUUUUUUUGUAGCCUGUUAUGUAUUCUGAACACACAGGAUAUGUGUGAUCUGUAUUCAGUUACUGGUAAUGAUGGAAUAGCUAUCACCAUUGAGAUACUUUAUGUAGAAAAAUUGUAUAGCUAUUUGUGGGCAAAAUGACAUUGUAGAGCUUAUUUUUGAUAUGAUUUCUAUUUCAUGACAUUCACUGUUGUGCUGUUUUUGCUGAUGAUGUGGUACAGUGAGAAGGUACAAGCGGGCCUUGAACCUCGUUUUUUUUAUUUUUUAGUGUGUUUUUGUGUCUGAAAGGUUGAGGAUAAUUUUUUGAGAUGCACUGAUGCUGCUCUUGUAUCUCAUGCGGGACAAAAGGUCAGUGAUGUAACCAUGUAUCACCUAAUAUAUGAAGUCUAUGUACAAGGCAAAUUAAUUUUUUAACGGAUAUGAAGGAUGCCAACACACAAAUCUCCAUUUUUUUUUCUGCCUUUAUUUAUCAACACUGAUAUGGUUGCCCUGCCUUUAUGAAGUUUAGGUCUUACUCAGGCCACCAUUUCUGUGUAAAAUUGUGUUUCCCACGUGGCACCUAGUCAUGGUACAUUUUGUACUAAGAGAUGGGUACAUUACUGGUAGCUAUGCAUGUUUCUAUUGGAAUGUCUAGUGCAGCUUUUAUGGUGUAGUUGUCUGUGAUGAGUGUGUCUGUGUUUGCACGGAUGUAUAGUUGUGGAUGUGUUUGUGCAUACGUGCAUGUGAACAGCUGUUGGAAGUAUUCUUGUGAUACUUUAUAAAAAUGACUUUCUACAAGUGGUAGAAAAUUGUCAACCAUAUUUGUUACUGUGCUCUGCUUUUUUUUUUUUUCCCGUGGCACCUGCUGUUUUUUUUUAGCCCAGUGUUCAGGUCUGUUUUGUUGCACAAAAAAAUGGCCUGUUAAAAUGAACAUGAAGUGAAUGUAUGCUAUUCUUACUGAAUUCCAUCAAACUGUAGGGUGGGGAGCUUAUUUUUGGUCAAACUGUGAGUCAUUGCUUGGAACUAAUUUGCUUCAAGUACUACCUCCUUUUGAUAUUAAUCCUUUUUUUCACAUAUGACCCCCAUUAAUAUAGGCAAAUAAAUCUACAAAAGAUGAAGUGACCAGCUCUGUAUGUGACCUGUCACAAAGUUUAAAUUCAGUUAAGAACAAUAGAAAGUUAUUUUCAACAGGAUGUCCUUAAAUAGAGAUAAAAGAAAUCCCUCCCAUCUAAGAUCACAUAGAUGUGAGGCUCACCUGUUAAUACAGAUGCAUUACAAAGAGUGCUGGGUUUACCUGCCUGACACAGACUUUCCUGUUCUGCUCAUGCAUUCCUGCCUUACAUGAUUGCAGUGGGUGUGGUCUGGGAGACUUUGGCUGCUGGCAGCCCAGAAAAUAUAUGAAUUUUAUUGUAGUAGAUUAUUCAAGAAGCAUCAGGAUGAUAUAGUAAAUGUAGCACAUGUAUUGAAGUAACCCUUGGUAUCGAACACGGUGUUCAGGUUGGGAAACGGAUAACUGCUGAGGUCAAACAGUCAUUGAAAAAUACACUUUUCUCUGUCCCUUCUGCUCACAAACCCACACACAAUGUUGCUUUUGACUUAAAUGUCAGAAAAAUGUUUACAUCUUACACUGAUACUAUUUAAUCUUAAGGUAUUUUAUGUCUUAUUAAAAAAUAUAAAACUGAAUGAAGACUAGUUUAUCAAGAAAUAGCUUCUCUGCUGUGGUGAAGACAUGCACUGGGAGAGCACAGUAUGCUGUGUACAGUAUUUAACAAUUCCAUUUGUUGUUCUGAAUUGUUGUUGAGUAUAUAGUCUUUAAAAAGAAAGCAAAAUAAAAUGACUUAUUUAUGA